CGAGCGGCGGCCUCGCCACUCGGUGCCCGCGGCCAUGGCGGGCCGGGAGCGGCAGCGGCUCCUGCUGGAGAACGCCCAGCAGCUGGUGCUGGUCUGCGGCCGGGGAGAGCGGUACCUGCGGCGGGACGGCGCCGCCGGCCUGGCCGUGCUGCGGAGCGCCAGCCUGGUGGUGGGGCUGGAUGGUUGUAUCAAAGCUGUGGGCCAGGCAGAUGUAAUUCGCAAUCAGUUUUCAGAAGCAACAUUUGAAAGGAUAAUUGACUGCUCCGGGAAGUGCGUGUUACCAGGCCUGGUAGAUGCACAUACACAUCCAGUGUGGGCUGGUGAUAGGGUUCAUGAGUUUGCAAUGAAGCUGGCAGGUGCAUCCUAUAUGGAGAUCCACCAGGCUGGGGGAGGAAUCCAUUUUACUGUGGAACACACACGGAAAGCCACGGAAGAAGAGCUGUUCAGUACUUUCAAACACCGACUGGAACGUAUGCUCCGAGCAGGAUCCACAUUGGUUGAGUGCAAGAGUGGCUAUGGCUUAAACUUGGAAACAGAGCUCAAAAUGCUCAGAGUGAUUGAACGUGCUAAGAGGUCCAUGGAUAUUGGCAUUUCUUCAACGUACUGUGGAGCUCAUUCUGUGCCAAAAGGGAAAACUGCUACUGAAGCCACAGAUGACAUUAUCAGUAACCAUCUCCCUAAACUGAAAGAACUCAACCUAAGUGGUGAAAUACACGUUAACAAUAUAGAUGUGUUCUGUGAGAAGGGAGUCUUUGAUCUGGAGUCUACAAGGAGAAUCCUUCAAGCUGGAAAAGAUAUAGGGUUACAGAUUAACUUCCAUGGUGAUGAACUCCAUCCGAUGAAAUCUGCUGAGCUUGGAGCUGAACUAGGAGCCCGGGCUAUCAGCCACCUGGAAGAAGUCAGUGAUGAAGGUAUCACAGCCAUGGCAAGAGCUAAGUGUGCUGCUGUCCUUUUACCAACAACUGCCUACAUGCUAAGACUGAAGCAACCUCAAGCUCGAAAAAUGUUGGAAGAAGGAGUUAUAGUUGCUCUUGGCAGUGAUUUUAAUCCUAAUGCAUACUGUUUUUCAAUGCCUAUGGUGAUGCAUCUGGCCUGUGUAAACAUGAAGAUGUCAAUGAAUGAAGCACUGGCAGCUGCCACCAUUAAUGCGGCUUAUGCUCUGGGGAAAUCGGACACACAUGGCUCCUUAGAGAUCGGCAAGCAGGGGGAUCUUGUUAUCAUAAAUUCAUCAAGGUGGGAGCACUUGAUUUACCAGUUUGGGGGACAUGAAACAUUGAUCAACUACGUCAUAGUUAAAGGAAAAGUUGUCUAUCAAAAUGAGACCUGUGAGACAAUGAGCAGUUACUGAGAGAAGACAGUUAUUUACUAAGCUACUAAAAUCAAAUUAGCAUGGAGUAUUUCAAAGUAAGAGACAAAUCAGAUUUGUAACUACUAGUAGAUUGUUUGCCAGCUCACGUUACUCUUAUUCAAAUAAACUUUACCAAGCAUUACCCCAUUGGUACUUCCUCAUGUCCAUUGUCCUUCUCUCUACUGCAAUAAAAUAAUUUCUAAUUGUAUCCAUCUGAAAUAAGACCAUUUCCUAAAAUGGUUUCCUACACAAUUAAUCCAUAAAAGUAUUGUAUUUUAAAAUAACCCAAACAAACCAGCAAUCAAUAAAUGAAGUUUGGAUCCAGGUAAAA